CCAUCAUUUCAAACGAGUAUGAAAAUCCAAACCCUGAGCUAUUAAUAAGCCUAAAUUCUCGAAUAUUCAGCAAGCAGUGCCGUCAGUCAUGGAAUCUUCAGCGCUCUCACGACUCACCAAUCUCCGGCGACACUUCGAUUCAGCUGACACCGCCACCAAGGGUACUGGAGUCAAUGCUGGUGGAGGGUCAAUGAAGGUGAAGGUAGCUUCUGAGGUUUCUGAAGCAUUGUCACAAGGGCGUGCCGUUGUUGCGCUUGAAUCUACCAUCAUUUCCCAUGGUAUGCCAUAUCCUCAAAAUUUGGAAACUGCGAAGGAGGUGGAAGGUAUUGUGAGAGAGAAUGGUGCGGUUCCUGCAACUAUUGCGAUUUUAGAUGGCACGCCUUGUAUAGGUCUAAGUGUGGAAGAACUUGAAAGGCUGGCUACUUUGGGAACCAGAGCUCAAAAAACAGCUCGAAGGGACAUUGCUUUUGUUGUGGCUAGUGGUGGAAAUGGCGCUACUACUGUUUCUGCAACAAUGUUUUUUGCUUCUAUGGUUCAUAUUCCUGUCUUCGUGACUGGGGGGAUUGGGGGAGUCCACCGCCAUGGGGAAUAUACUAUGGACAUAUCUUCAGAUCUCACUGAGCUUGGCAGAACACCAGUCGCAGUUAUAUGCGCUGGUGUAAAAUCAAUAUUAGAUAUUCCCCGGACCCUUGAAUAUCUGGAAACUCAGGGAGUUUGUGUUGCUGCUUACAAGACCAAUGAAUUUCCUGCCUUUUUCACAGAAUCAAGUGGCUGCAAGGCUCCAUGUCGAGUAGAUACCCCUGAAGACUUUGCUCGCAUAAUAGAAGCUAACGUCAAACUCAAGCUUGGAUCUGGAAUUCUUCUAGCAGUUCCUAUUCCACGAGAACACUCAACUUCUGGACACGUAAUUGAAUCUGCCAUUCAAAAGGCCCUUGAAGAAGCUAGGGAAAACAAUAUAACAGGAAAUGCCCAGACUCCUUUCUUACUUGCUAGAGUAAAUGAGCUGACUGGAGGUGCCUCACUUGCUUCAAACAUUGCUCUUGUGAAGAAUAAUGCCCGUGUGGGAGCUAAAGUUGCUGCAGCCCUUGCUCAAUUAAGGGAAAAUAGUCAAAGGUGAGCUUAUACUUUCUUGAUCGAUGUUACCAGUUCAGCAAGAAUAUGGAAGGAACUGAUCCAUAUCGUUGUAACUGGAAUUUUUGUGAUCCUCAAACAGUUUCUCUGGUGCGAACCUUAUUGUAUCAGUUUUUUCUUUGUGCCAGUUAUAUUUGCUUUAAUGAGAUAAGCAUGUAAUGUAGAAGAAAACUAUCUAUUGUAAAUCCCUAAUUAACUUACAGGAAGCAUGUUGUGUGGAGUUUUCUUUUUUACAUAAAAAAAAUUAAUAGUAAUAAAGAAAUCUCUACUUGAGAUAGACAGAUCAUGAGAAAAGCAAGUUCUGUGCUUCAUGUAAACAGCUUUUACUGUUGCAUAUAGUCUACAAUGCACAAAUACCUUAAAACUUGUGACAUAUCUGUACUGU